UAAAUAAUUAUUCUGAAAUUUCCGUACUUAGUCAGGUCAAUUCCUCAAAUUGAAGUUGAAGUAAACAAUUUCAAAAAAAAAAAAAUAUUUUUGGACACAGAACUUUAAAGUUUCAACGAGUUUUAAGCCGAUAUUAUUAUUUCUGACUAGUCCACGUAUACUAAAGAUAAUGGAAGCAGAAAAAGAAAAUUAUAGACAUACUGAUUACACUGAAGAUGAGUUAGAAGCCGCUUUUGCUUCACUUAUGUUGGCAACAACACCAAUAGUUUUUGCUGAAGUUACUACAGAUUUAUUGCCGACUCAAGAAAUCGAAAACCAGGAUGAAGUAUCAACAUCUAUUAAAGAAGAAAAUGAUUUACCUGACAUUAUAAUAAAACAAGCAGAGGAGGAGGUGCCAGUUGUGUUGACAAAACAGAACUUAGAACCCAAAGCAGAUGGAAAAGAAAAUCGUAAAAGACAACACAAAUCAGGCCGUAAAGGACGUCGCAAAAAAGGUGGUGUGAAAACAGGCUACAAACCAGCCCCUAAACCAGAUCGAAAAUCAAUUCGCUAAAUAUAAUAUGUGGCUUUAAAAAAUCAAAUCA